UGGACCAUUUUUUUCUGCUGAUGAAACCAAGUGCUUGCUGACACAAUUUUAUUUGCACUUUUGGAUUUUAGGUUUUAUUUGUGGGGGGGGAGGUAGAAGUAUAGAUAUUUUAAAUUGAAUUGGACACAUGGACUUAUUUUUGGUGAGGAUGAGUUGUGCUUGCAGUGUGUAAAACAUUCCUGUGAGCAUGUUUCUGCUGUUACUGACAGCAUAAGGGAAGAAACUGAUGAACAACUUCAUUUAUUGAAAUUGGGGUUCAAAUUUUAAUCAUCAUUGAAAACAAAAACAAAAACAAAAAGACAGAUACCGAAGGAUGACUGGAUAUCACAGGACUAUGAUCUGAUAUGUGGGGAUCCUCCCCGGACUCUGGGACGGAAACGUAAACACUGCAGACAAACAGACAGAUCAGCAGCGUGCUGUCCGAAGACCGGGCCUGACGCACGGAGACGGACAGACAGACAGACAGUCUGAUGCCAACUGUCUCCACUGUCAAUCUCACGGCACCACUCCUCCUCCUGUUGCUAUGGGCAACCCACCCCACCAUGGCAACCAACUGGCUCUCCCUGGCGAGGCUGCCUCGCUCCAGGCCCGUGUCCGGUGCUGCCCCGUGUGCGCGGCUGAGGGGGCUGACCCCGGGGCAGGUGGGGGUGUGCAGGGCGCGAGGAGAGGUCAUGGAGUCCGUACGCAAGGCCGCCGAGAUGGUCAUAGAAGAGUGCCAGCACCAGUUCAGGAAUCGACGCUGGAACUGUUCCACCACCCAACGUGGGAUCAAUGUAUUCGGCAGAGUCAUGAAUCAAGGGACUCGCGAGGCGGCCUUUGUGCACGCUCUGUCCUCAGCGGCCGUGGCGAUGGCUGUGACCCGAGCCUGCACCCGCGGGGAGCUGGAAAGGUGCGGCUGCGACAGGAAGGUCAGGGGGGUCAGCCCCGAGGGUUUCCAGUGGUCGGGGUGCAGUGACAACCUGUCCUACGGCGUGGCUUUCUCCCAGACAUUCGUGGAUGAACCAGAAAGAGCCAAGGGGCUUUCAGCGGGGCGCCCACUCAUGAACCUCCACAACAACGAGGCUGGCCGGAAGGCCAUCCUUCACAACAUGCAGGUGGAGUGCAAGUGUCAUGGCGUCUCCGGCUCCUGUGAGUUGAGGACCUGCUGGAAGGUCAUGCCCCCGUUCAGGCGCGUUGGUGUCGUGCUCAAGGAGCGCUUUGAUGGAGCCACAGAGGUCCGCCUGACUCGUAUAGGAUCCAGGACAGCCCUGCUCCCCCGUGACCCGCAGGUCAAACCCCCCGCUGCCAGAGACCUUGUGUACCUCGCUCCGUCUCCAGACUUCUGCCAUCUCGACCCCGACAACGGUAUUCCCGGGACUGCUGGUAGGAAGUGUAACGGAACCUCUCGACUGGCGCCGGACGGCUGCGAGCUGGUGUGCUGCGGGCCGGGGUACAGGGCGGGCCGGGCCGAGGUGGUGCAGCGCUGCUCCUGCAAGUUUUCCUGGUGCUGCUCGGUCCGCUGCCAGCAGUGCAAGAACACAGUCACCAUUCACACCUGCAGGGUCUAAGAGGGGCCGGACCAGAACAAAACGGCUGAGCAGAAAGAUCCCCCCCCCCAAAAAAAACCCACCACUCACUCGUGAACACAGGACGGGAUGAAGGCAACAUAGGCAGCGACGCACAAAAGUAUCACACAUUCUUUCCAAAUGUUAAUCCAACUCAUUUUAGUCUGAGUCAUUGCGGCGGGAGUUAAGUUUGAGGAUUCUGUUGUAGAAGCUGCAAAGUUAGAACACAUGUAGGAAGCAAGCAACAAUGACAAAGCAUCAACAGUAAGAAAGGUACAAACAAAAGCCCCUGUCAGGUGGGCAGGAACAGACACGCAGGUAUGAACACACUCCGAUAAUCUCGCAUUAAACUGACAAAGCUUUUUAAAGCUGUACUUAACCACAACUAACUGGGGAAUUUUGCAGCACUAUUCCUAUUUGAUGCAAAUGAGUUGCAUCAUAGACUAACAGGUCUUUGAAGAUUUACGGUAUUUAAGUUUAGGUUUAUUUAUUUGUAUAGCCAUGUCUUUCGUUCCUUUCAGCAGAGAUCUUAAUUAGCAAAUAUAACUUCUACUUACAUUAGUAUCAGUCUUGUGUUUUGCCUUCUCACCUCCAUGUGAAGCUCUUCUCUAUGUUCCUGCACAAGCUUUUAGGUCUGUGCAAGAAGUCUAAUAAAUAUGGUAGUUUUAUCCAAAAUAA